UCAUAAUCAUGGCUCUGUCGACAAGUAAAUCUUGAUGCACAUGACAUAGAUAUCGAACUGUGAUGCUUUAUGCAAGCGUAUUCCUCUGCGCAUGCGCAGUAAGUAGAGACGCAGACUACCUCCAAUAGAACAAAACUAGAACAGACACAUUGCAGCAAUGAGCAACAGCAAAGUAGCUCUGGUCACUGGUGCAAAUAAAGGCAUCGGGUUCGCAAUAGUGCGGGCAAUGUGCAAAGAGUACGCCGGGGACGUGUACCUGACAGCCCGGGAUGUCGCUCGAGGAACCGCAGCGGUGGACAGUCUGAAGAAGGAGGGGCUGACACCGCUUUUCCAUCAGCUGGACAUUAAUGACCCCAACAGCGUCCGCACCGCACGAGACUUCUUCAAAGAGAAGUACGGGGGCCUGGAUGUGCUCAUCAACAACGCUGGGAUCGCCUUCAAAAUGGCAGACACAACUCCCUUUGGGAUCCAAGCAGAUGUGACAUUGAAGACCAAUUUCUUUGCUACUAGAGAUAUGUGCAAUGUGUUCUUGCCCAUUAUCAAACCAGGAGGUCGGAUGGUGAAUGUCUCGAGCGUAAUGGGCUCGAUAGCUUUAAGCCGCUGCAGUCCAGAACUCCAGGCCCGUUUCCGAAGUGAUGACAUCACAGAGGAAGAACUGGUUGGUCUGAUGGAGCGAUUCGUCCGUGACGCUCAGGAAGGGGUCCAUUCAGAACGAGGCUGGCCCAGCACUGCGUAUGGGGUCUCCAAAACCGGCCUCACCACCCUGACUAGAAUCCUAGCCCGAAAUCUGAUGAAAGAGAGGCCUGGAGAUGAGAUCCUGUGCAAUGCCUGCUGUCCAGGAUGGGUCAGGACUGACAUGGCUGGACCAAAUGCUACUAAAUCUCCAGAUGAGGGCGCCAUCACUCCAGUGUACUUGGCAUUGCUGCCUGCGGGGGCCAAAGAGCCCCAUGGGCAGUUUGUUUCAGAGAAGCAAGUGCAGCCCUGGUGAGAGCGAGAAAGAGAAAUGUUACUAUGUGCAUUGUAUAAUUUCUCAUCAUUGUAAAUAUAACACAAAAAGCUUUAACAUUUGAUCAAAGCUUUACUGAAUAGCUAAAAAAACAUUUAAAGUACAAUUUUGUUCAAAUACAUGGCUGCAACCACAUGAAAAUCAUCAUCAUCAUCUGGAACCUGCAGUUUGUUAAAGUUAACAGACUAAAAUGUUGUGCUCAAAUAUCAAUAUUGCAGGAUUUAUGUAGUUUUAAGAUUAAGAUCAAUAGUUUAGAACUCCAGCUUGUGUAUGUGUUAGAUAUUUAAUGAUGCAAAAUGCACAAAUACAAUGUUAACUACAUCAACUGAUCCUAAAUUAAAAAUUAGUUUUACUCAGUGGACUGUAACUUGUCAUCUUAUGUUGUACACAUGAAUAAAACUGAUAAUUCAUUAAUCUGGAAAACUUUGAAUUACAAAAAUAAAAUUCCUCUCACCCAGUUGAA